CUUCUUUCUUUCUUUAUUUUCUUUUUCUUUUCAUGGCCUUCCUUCCUUUUUCAUACUCAAUCUUUACUUUUUCAUAUCUUUAUAUUCUACUUUUCUGUUAUCUCUUAGCAGUUCACUUCCCAUUUGGAAGUUCUCAUGACUUGUGUUUUCUUUACUAGGUUUCUUCAACAUGGAGAAUUAGAGCUGUUUAGUUGAUAUCUAUUUCAUGUAGAGAGCUCAUAUAAGGAGUCUUCGUCUUGAGAUUUGAUUCUGAAAAGUAAAGGUUUUACAUUAGUAAACAAGACGACAAUAGGGUUUUAGCUUCUGAAGCAAUAAUGGAGAAUAUUUCUGAACUCGUUAAGGAGGAUGAUCAGAUGGAUUUGCCCCCUGGAUUCCGCUUCCAUCCAACUGAUGAAGAGCUUAUUUCUCACUACCUGUACAAGAAGGUUCUUGAUAUCAACUUCUCUUCUAGAGCUAUUGGAGAUGUGGAUUUGAACAAGUCUGAACCCUGGGAAUUGCCUUGGAAAGCGAAAAUGGGAGUGAAAGAAUGGUACUUUUUCUGUGUAAGGGACAGAAAGUACCCAACAGGCCUCAGGACAAAUAGGGCAACUGAUGCUGGUUACUGGAAAGCCACAGGGAAAGAUAGGGAGAUAUACAGAGGAAAAUCCCUGGUUGGAAUGAAAAAGACCCUUGUUUUCUACAAAGGUAGAGCCCCUAAAGGAGAGAAGACCAACUGGGUCAUGCAUGAAUACAGGCUGGACGGUAAAUUCUCCGUUCACAACCUCCCUAAAACGGCUAAGAAUGAAUGGGUCAUUUGCAGGGUGUUUCAAAAGAAUUCUGCUGGGAAGAAAACCUACAUUUCAGGACUAGCCAGAUUGGGCUCUUUCGAAAAUGAAUUGUGUCCUCCUGAUAUACCGCCAUUGAUGGAUUCUUCACCUUACACUGGCAAGACUCGCCUUCUAACAGAAUCUGCCUACGUGCCCUGCUUCUCCAAUCCCAUUGAUGUUCAAAGAAAUCAACAACAAUCCAUUGAUGAUUUCAACAAUAAUCUCUUUGCAGUUUCUUCGAACCCUGUGGAUGUUUUUCAACGAAUCCCACUAGCAAAUACAUUCUACUCUGCUCAAGCUGUCCCAUUCUCAGCUAAUCUGCAGUACCCAGGUUCUGUUUUAAUUCAAGACCACUCAAUUUUAAGGGCAUUGAUAGAGAACCAAGGAUUAAACUUGAAGCAGAAUUUCAAAACAGAGAGGGACAUGUUCAGUGGUUCACAAGAAACAGGACUGUCUACUGAUAUGAACACUGAGAUCUCAUCUGUCAUAUCAAAUCUUGAAAUGGGAAAGAGAGGAUUUGAUCCUCAAGAGGCUCCUUCUAGCUUAGCUGGGCCAGUUGACCUUGAUUGCCUAUGGAAUUUUUGAAACUCAGCGAGCAGGCGCAUCAGAAAGCGACCACCAUGUUGUAGAAGAAGAAAAGGAAGAAAGAAGAGUAAUUUGAAUUACUAUUAUUAUUUUGAAAAGAAGUUACUGCUCUGUGUAUAGAUUUGUUUAAAAAAAUCGAAGCAAAAAUCAUCAUGAUAUUUUCUGUAGUAGUUGUGAGAAAUUACUGUAUGAACUCCUCCUUUAAAAUAUUUUUAGCGAA